GAAAGCUCUGCGAGUGCGAACAGCUACUCUGUAGCGAAGGUUUUGUGACUCGGCGCUGAAUCGAACAUGGCGAAGCAGCGAGACCGCCGAUCCUAUCGAGUUGAACCGUCGACUCGCGAAGACCAGCGGAUUGACUCAGUAGAUUCGAAAGCCAAUCGAGACCGUAGGCUCAUCACCAUCUUCGUCGUCUUCUUCGUGGUCUCUACCGCCAUUUCAGUGAUAGUAUACCGUAGCUUUUACGUUCCUCGUAUGGGUACUGACUCUACCAUCCUGAAUAUAUCCGAUCGAGGACUCGUCAAGACUGAUUUGAGCUACCGAGAAGUCCUCACUAAAUUCAGGAAAAUAUGAAAGUUUCGGAAAAUAUUUCUCGGCGGCACUUUACGAAUCCUGUAUUGGCGUACAUAACUCCAUGGAAUUCUAGAGGCUAUGAACUGGCGAAGAGAUUCAACUCAAAGCUGACACAUAUAUCUCCUGUGUGGUAUGACCUGAAGAGCGAAGGGACCAAGUUAGUUCUUGAGGGAAGGCAUAAUGCUGAUACUGGAUGGAUUUCAGAGCUUAGAAUGAAAGGAGAUGCCCAGGUUUUGCCUAGAGUUGUUCUGGAAGCAAUUCCUGUGGACCUGCUUAGAAAGAGGAAGCAGAGGGAUAAAGCAAUUAACCUCAUAAUAGCAGAAUGCAAGGAAAUGGAAUAUGAUGGUAUUGUGCUUGAAUCUUGGUCAAGAUGGGCAGCUUAUGGUGUCUUGCACGAUCCAGACAUGCGGCAGAUGGCACUUCAGUUCAUACAGCAACUUGGGCAAGCCAUGCAUUCUGUGAUCUUAGAUCGGAAUAGCGAGAAAAGUUUGCAGUUAGUAUAUGUAAUAGGUCCACCACACUCAGAGAACCUCCAGGAGUAUGAUUUUGGGCCAGAAGAUCUUCGGAGCUUGAGCAAUGCUGUAGAUGGUUACUCUCUUAUGACUUAUGACUUCUCAGGCCCUAAGAAUCCAGGUCCCAAUGCACCGCUGAAGUGGAUCCACUCCAUCAUGCAGCUGCUCCUUGGUACCAGCAGCGGUGGGUCUCAGAGCUUGGCCCAAAAGAUUUUUGUUGGCAUAAAUUUCUAUGGGAAUGAUUUUGUCCUUUCGGGAGGCUUAGGUGGUGGACCUAUUACUGCAAGGGAGUACCUGUCUUUGUUGGAGCAGCACAGGCCUUUAUUGCAGUGGGAGAAGAAUAGUGCAGAGCAUUUCUUCUUAUACUCUGAUGAUCAACAUGUCAAGCAUGUGGUAUUCUACCCGUCGCUGAUGUCAAUCGUAAUGCGGCUUGAGGAAGCUGGUUCAUGGGGUGCUGGCAUUCUCAAUUUGGGAAAUUGGUCAAGGUUUGGAUUAUUUUUUUAAUAUCCUGUAAUAAAAUUUUUACUUAUUCCUCUUAAUAUUUUUUUAGACAAUGUAACGUAUUUUUGUCUAUUUCUUGUUUCUCUACUUUAGCGAUGGUAACGAAUUUCUGGUCAAUGCAAUGCAGUUUCGAUUAGGUUUUGGACAGUGUAUAAUAGUGCUAU